CAGCCGAAGCCUUUUUGAGUUUGGAAGAGAAACUGUCAACAGAGGCGUCAGAAUGAGAACAAAAAUCUGGGUUUUGCUUUUGGUUUUGGAGGCCAUGUUUCUGCUUCAAUGUUGCUUUCUGGGGGAAGGCAUGGCGGUGGAGGAGAAGGCGGAGGCAGCAAUGCCAGCGACGACAUUGUCGCCACCAGAAGGGAACGCGACGUUCCUUGAUGGAACGUCGUGGUGCGUGGCUCGGGCCGGGGCGUCUCAGAUCGAUCUGCAGAACGCGUUGGACUGGGCGUGUGGAUUGGGAAAGGCAGAUUGUAGAGCCAUUCAGAAGGGAGGGGCUUGUUAUCAACCAGACACACUCUUGUCCCAUGCAUCUUAUGCAUUCAAUAGCUUCUAUCAGCAGAAUGGCAACUCUGAUAUUGCUUGCAAUUUUGGUGGCUCUGCUACUUUAACCAAAAAAAAUCCAAGUUAUGGAAAAUGUGACUAUUCAGCAUCCAGUUCAGUGAACUCAGCAACUUCAAAGUUGAAGAACAAUGGAAGCCAUGUGUGCCUGAGGUUGGUUGCUGGAAUUUUGAUGGUGUUGAAUUUAUAUUUAGGAAGCUAAUAAGUGUUUCAAAUAUAAUUAAUUUAAUGUUAAUUACGAUCAUUUUGUAAAUUGUGAUUUUUGCUUAGUUAUUUUAUUUUAUUUUAUUUUAUUCCUCUCUUUGUCGAUGGUUUAGGAAUCUUGUAAUCUAGGCCUCUAUCUCUCUUCUUUUCAAGAUUGUUGUGAAUUUAUUCUUACUUUGUGUAUCAUCUUUGCCUUUAGUUUUUGGAUUUUUCUUUUUGUUCAUUGUAGAGAUGAGAAUUUGUUUCCUUAGCAACUAUGGCAAAGGAUUGUGGAUGGAGUAUAUAUAAGGUAGAGACCUAACUUUUAA